GUUGCUGGCUGGCGGCGAUCCGUUUGCCGCCGUCGCCGUUAUUGUGCGUUUGUGCGCUCCCGGGUUGGGCGGAGCGCGGGGCCACAACAACAGCACCGCCGUUGUGAUAACACAAUACCGUGAUAACGGUGUUUUCACUGUUCCAUGAAAUGCGAGGAAAUUUGUUUGCACGUUCGUAAAAUUCACUGCCUGGAUUUAGACUUCCGCGUAGAUAUUUGCCGACAACAAUACCCGAAAUAGUGCAAUACCUCUGUCGGAUGCAUGCAGUCUUUUUUCAAGCACUUGGCCGUACCGUUUUGUCGCCAUCACACAUCCAGAUUUCACACAAAAUAAACUUAGAAUUAUGUCUGGCACUGUAAACUUCAUGGUCAAAGAUCCUUGUGGAAAUUCUCAAGUGAUUCAUUUGCCAACUGGUAAUCGUAUAGUUGUAAAUGGGGGUUAUGGCACUACACCUGCUCUAAAAGAUCUUCUUGAAAAAAAACAACAGAAACCAAUAAGGAAAAUUGUACGAAUGGCUGAAUCCAAAGAAAAUAAUACAGAAAUCAUCACAGUAUCACCAGAUUUCUUUGACGAUAGUUCAUCAGAAGUUAAAAAUGAAAUUAUGUCGGAUUUUAGUGAUGAUUAUUUAGAAGUCCAUAAUGAGUACAAAGAAGAUCCUGAAGUAAUAGUAGUGUGUGGUGAUGACUUAAAUCAGACGAGUGAUAGUGAUUUGGAAUUCAUGGAAGAUACUAAAGAAACUGGAGAUCCCAUGAAAACUAAAUUCCAUAAUGAUAUUAACUCGUCAGAUGUUGUAGUACGAACAGAUAUUUUGAAUGAUCUGUUAGAAGGUCGUGUGACUAAAACUACAAAAAAACUUUUGGAGUCUACUAAGAUUUCUUACCUUCCUAUGCAAUUGACUCAAAGUGAUUUCCGCUCUACAUAUUCUAAUGAUAAAAGUCCAUUUAAAGUUAGACCUAUUAAAGCCAACAAAGGCUUAAGACAUUUUUCCAAAAGAGUGUGUGAUAAAGUAAAAACAAAAAUGGUCACAACUUAUAAAGAAGUAGCUGAUGAAUUAGUAGCUGAAUGUGUAGGUAACACUGACAGUCCAACAUUUUUAUAUGAUCAAAAAAACAUAAGACGUCGUGUGUAUGAUGCCUUAAAUGUAUUAAUGGCUUUGGACAUUAUAACAAAGAACAAAAAAGAUAUAACCUGGAAAGGCUUACCGAGUGGAUCUUUACAAAAUAGUGUUUAUCUUGUUCAAGAAAAAGAAAACCGUCUUAAUAGUGUAAAAAGAAAACUUUUAGCAUUGCAAGAAAUAAUCAUGCAAGAAGUUGCUAUCAAACGAUUAGUUCAACGAAACCAAAAUAUGGAAAACGAAUUUGGGCCACCUCCAAGUAAUACAUACGUUAAUCUCCCUUUUAUGGCGAUAAGCUCAAAUGAAGAUACGAAUGUAGAAGUAGAAAUCUCAGAAGAUCAGAAACAGUACGAGUUGAGUUUUAAUGACAAGUUCAGUGUAGUUGACGACACAGAGUUAUUAAAGUCAAUGGGAUUUACUUUAGGAUUAGAUCAAGGUCAAGUAAACGAUGACGAUUUAAAUACUUUAAAAAAAUUAGUACCUCAGGCCUUUGAAAAACAUAUAGUUAUGAUGGCGACCAAAAAUGGAGAGAUGUUUAAUGAUAUUUGUAAAGAGUUUGAUGAAAAGAUGAAAUCGGCUGAAAUUGAACAGUCUUCUUUACGACCUAACAUUAUCAGUAGAAGAAGAAGUAAAAGAUUAUGAAUAUCAUUUAAAAUAUUUUUACCUAUAUUGUUAUUGUUACAACAAUUGUACAAAAGUUCUCGAUAACUAUUUUUCAUGUUUAUAGUUUAAGUUUGUACAUCUUUGUAAAUACUUAACAAAAUGUUAAUUAGUUGUAAUAAUUUGUUUUAGUUCUACUUCAAACAAAUAA